AUGCAUCGAAAUGUCAUCAAAAGAGGCUACAUUGCAAUGUUAGCUGUUGAUAAAAAAUACAGGAAAAGGAAGAUAGGUUCCAGACUGGUUCAAAAAGCAAUACAGGCAAUGAUAAAUGACAAUGCUGAUGAAGUUGUAUUGGAAACUGAAAUCACAAAUAAACCGGCUUUGAAAUUAUAUGAAAAUUUAGGCUUUGUGCGAGAUAAACGCUUAUUUCGAUAUUAUCUUAAUGGAGUAGAUGCAUUACGAUUGAAGUUAUGGCUAAGGUUCCCAUUCUCCUGGUGCUCUACAGUGUUCAGCACGAAACAUUUCUGCUGCCCUGAGAAGGAUGUAAUGAACCAUCAUAACAUCGGGUUCCUC